AUGGCUUCCACGACUCGCGCAACGUGGUCUCGUCGUCCGCUGACCUGCACGUUAAGCGCUGAACCGCAAUCCAACGUGACGAGAAUCUCACGAGUGCUUCGGAGAACUUGUCAAGAUGGCACCCAUCAAAUCAUCAUGUACCAUCCUGGUGUCGGUAGCUCAGACAGCGCAGUCGAUAAGUUCACCGGUGGAUUGUUUGGGGUUGGACUCGACCAGGCUAUCCGUGAAGUCUACAACUUUAUCUGCACUAAUUACGUCGAUGGAGAUGAGAUCAUACUCAUAGGCUUCUCUCGCGGCGCUUUCACAGCGCGCUCUGUUGCCGAUAUGAUUGCGACCGUCGGCUUGCUAACUCCCACGGGCUUGGACCACUUCUACGCCAUCUUCGAAGAUUAUGAGAAUAUGGGGGACUCUGAUCGUGAUUUGAGUCUUUUUCUGGAUCCGCAAGUACUUCCCUACAACGGCGAGAAAGGAGCAGCCAAGGCCAAAUGGGAGAUGGACCGGAAAUCGCAGUACGAGAAAUGGCUUGCUAACAAUAACCUCACACGACACACAUACGAAGACGCGAAGGGUGUGCACGAGAUUACCAUCAAGGCAGUUGGUGUUUGGGAUACUGUCGGUGCCUUGGGCAUCCCUCCAGCUCCGUUCAGCAAUACGCAGGUAUCAGACCGCGUGGAAAACGCGUUCCAUGCUCUGUCUCUGGACGAACCACGAUUCGCUUUCCGUCCUGCACUUUGGGAAAAGCUCGAAGGCAACAAAACCAACCUCAAGCAGGUCUGGUUUCCAGGUAGCCAUGCUGGCGUAGGCGGAGGAUGGCAUGAGCAACAGAUUGCCACCAUCACCCUAGCUUGGAUGUGUGAUCAGCUGUCGACUGUGGGUGUCGAGUUCAACCCAGACCGUAUGUUCGACAUUUUCAUGCAAGGACUUCGGUUCUCGGCUGCCCACCCGUUCUCCUACGUCCCUGAUACCUGGUCAUCAUGGUUUCGGCCGAAGCAACAACUGCCGUGGGCGAAACCCAGGAUAUGUCCGGUAAAGGCAUCAAGCAUCCAUCGGGAUAAGGCUGAAUGUGAUGGAAAGGAUCGUCAUCCUGCCGGUAGUGCAGAAGAGCUCUGGAAAACCGCUCGUCCGUGGGGGCUAGGCCAAAUCCGAUAUCCGACAAGCCGCCUCCAGACUUGGUCAGGAACCACAAUCCGGCACCCCGGGACCUUUAUGCGUACGGACCCGCAAACGAACCAAGACACGGACCAGCCUUUGUCCAACACCAACGAAAGGAUUCAUAGUAGCGUGCGGGUCCGGCUGGCUUGCCAAGGCCUCUCUAUGGACGAUGAUGGGGUAUGGGACUGCAAACCUCUAACUAGAGCCGAUGAUGGGAGCGAGCUCUGGAAGCUGGAACGCGGCUCCGGGCUUAACGCCUCUGGGGCAGAUAGCUGCAAAGACGGCAGGACCAGGGAGUUGGAUCUUGGAGCAGAUGGAGGUGACUUGAAGCCUUAUCCGGUCGAGAAGGAAGACGGCCAAUGGAAAUGGGUCUUAGCCAACGAACGGCACAACGCCUUCCCGCAGGCUAGAGUACUGCCCGAGGAGCCUUUGACGGGGUUCUGGGAACGGAAGUUGCUGGCUUUGACUGCGGGAAAUCCCGACGUGUGGAGAUGGGCGGAGGAGAAUCCCCUCGUUGGCUUGAUCUAG